AUGAGAUCAACGCAGAAAAGAGCACUCUCCUCGAUCGUUAAUAAUUAUUCCGCUUCAACAGCACUGUCAUCUCAAGCAGAACUCAGCCAGCGAGAACUUGCCAACACAAUUCUCUCUCCAUCAACUCUCGAUUCAACAACUCAAUUCGCGACUCAAGCUUCUUCCCUCAACCCUACUGUAUCUUGCCUCAGUGAGGGACAUACUCUCAAGUUUGACAAAUGUCCCUCUUCUCUCGCCUCGGAAUUCUUGAACCAAAGCCCUGAUAAAGUCCUAGUUAUCACCUACGAAACAAAGAACGACAUGGGAAAGUGGUCAAACGAAAUGGAAGUCGAGCGAAAAAUCAUCGUCGAAAAACUCAAGACUGAUCUGACUCAAGUCGCCUUGGAGGUCGUUGCUCAAGGAUUCUGGGCAGAUGCUAUCGAUCCAACCACUGGAAAAGCCAUCUUUGGGUCAGAAAUCGAGUCCGGUUUGAUCAUCGAAUCUGACGCUCGUUUUGCCGAUCUCGACGACUUUGAAGUUGAAGAUCUCGGCUGCUGCACAAUUCUCAAGCAUCUUACCUAUGGAACCAAUUCUAUCUCUGGCUUCGUCUUCUAUAAAUAA